GAGAUGGGGGUGUGUUUUGGUACUCCUGACUUCCCUACUCCUACCUUUGCUGGUAAUCCCAAGUCAGGAGCGAAGUGGAAUAUCACCACUUCAUCAUCUUCUGCAGCAAGUAAUAGCCGUGACUUGCGGCCUCUCCCUAUAUCAUCUUCUGCAGCCAGCAAUAGCCAUGCCUUGCUGGCUGCCCACGGCAAAAAGGCCUUCAGAGAUGGAAAGACUGUGGCAGACGCCAGCUUGACCAUCUUCAGUUUCGCAGAGUUGAAAGCGGCGACCAAAAAUUUUCCAGCCGAUGCACUGCUUGGAAAGGGAGGAUUUGUUUGUGUCUAUAAAGGUAUGCUUCCUGGGAAGCAACCGUAUGGAAUUGCAGAGACUAUGAUGCUUCCUGGGGAGCAACCAUAUGGAAGUGCAGGGACUAUAAUAGCUGUGAAAAAUAUUAAACCAGAAUGGCACUCAAGGGUAUAGAGAGUGGUUGGUAAGAACUAAGUUUCGUCUUCAAUUCCUUUCUCGGAAUACAAAUACUUUGCUUUGUCAAUUACAAAACCGAAGCAACCCAAAUGCAUGAUGGUACAGAUGGGAGCUUGUAAUGCCCAACUCAACUGUCAAUAAACACCCUCGUUGUGACAAUAGCAGGAGAAAUACUGGACAACCUGAAUUAUGAUGGCCAUGUAAACGCAAAUCCAAAUGUAUUUGAAGUUGAUUAUCCCAGGAUUUCUAUAAGUGGU